UGUCAGUUGACAUGUCACAUGCCUGUUUAGCAAUACAGACAAUCUUAAAUCGUCAUAUUAUCCAAUAUAUAUUGGAUAAAAUGUCGAUUUAACUAAUUUACGACAAUGGGUCAGAAAAUUAGAAGGCACUGAAAACUGCAGUACUGUAUAUCCUGGAGAAAUAUUACAUUACAUCACGUACAGUAUUUGAUACAUAUGAUGAUGAUUAUUAUUACAUGUAUUACUUUAAUUUUAAUUCUUCUUACUUUUCUCUCGUCAUGUGUUUAUUUUUUUUCCAGCAAUACAUUUUCCUUGUGUAUUGAUUUGUUAAUAAAAUGUUGGGGGAGAAAAUCUUAAAUUGACAUGUACAGUAAAUAAUUUAUGACAUAAUUUACAUAGAUAUAGCAAAUUACAAGAUAAGGUGGAUUUCCAUAAUGACAUUCUUUGUUGAAAUUGCAUCUUUUCCUUCUGUGCCAUCUGGUAGCAGGCUUGAUCAUGCGGUGCACUCUAGAAUUUCCAAGAUGUGAAAUUGGGAAUGACCUCGAUCGUCACCAGACUCUCUCUCUCUCUCUCUCUCUCUCUCUCUCUCUCUGUCUCUCUCUCUGGCUCUGGGUCUAUUUGGGGCUGGUCAGAAACCGGACACCAUACACAGUCUGCAGUAAAGACAAGCAGGCCUUUUUGGAGUGUUUCUUCAAUGACCUCUACAGUAAAGUCAAUGAAAGCUGUUUUAGUAUUCAUACCAACUGUGUAUGUGUGACCGUGGGCAGACCAUCGAGACGAAGUUUAUCUGUGGGACGAGUGGACACAAAUUUGGACUGAAAGAAAAGUGGACUCAGCAGAGUGAGCGGUGGUGAACUCCUUUGACCCGGUGUCAGAAUGGCCUCAAGACAGGGAGACGUGCCAGCUCUAGAAUCUGGACCGUCGUCCGUACUCUCUGGUGCACUGUCGUCUCCCAUUGGACUCACCCGGCACAAUAUGAGCUACGACGAGCAAAUGGAUGUCCCAAUGCAUUCCCCGCCUGCGGACUUUGCAAUUAACACCUUAUGGAGAGACCCCGUCAUCCCAAAGCACAGCUUUAGGAAGACUGCACAGGAAAGUGAAAAGAGUGGCUUGAUGAUGACUGCAGAGAGAUUGGAGCCAGCCAAAUCCCCUGUCCAUGUGAAAGCCAAAGCCAGCUCUUUCAUGAGAUCUCUCACUUUUAAGCAGACCCAAGAGAACCUCCAAAGUUUUGAGCACCAGGCAGGGCUGACCGACACUGGCUAUACCCCCCACAAGGGCCUUUCUGCUGAGGAGACACGCUUUCGCCGUCUGGCUGAUGGCACACAACCUAAGCUGAGAAUGUCAAUCGGGGACUUCAAGGACGACAGGCUUACAACAUCAGCACAAUCCACCCCAAGUGGCACCCCUUGUGUCACCCCCUCCGUCACACCAUCUGUCACCCCCUGCGUCAGUCCCCUCUCAUCACCUGCUGUUGGUCGCAGGAGCUGGUUCCAGCAGAAUCCUGUGCCCCUUCUCAAACCGUUAGAGUCCAGUAGUCCUAACCACACGGAAGACAUGGGAGGAAACCAGGGAGGAGAGGACAGGUGGAGCUUUUUCGGAACUCGCUCUGUGGUACAGAAGUCCCCCACUCACCCAGGGUCUGAACCCAACACAGGCUUUUCACUUCAGUCCUACUUUGGCCUGCAGAAGUCCUCCACCAUUGCAGGCACCGGUGGCCAAGACAGCCUCACGGUGGGGGACGCUACCACCUUCAUGCCCCCCAAGAUUGAAAUUUCAGGCUUGGACCCCAAGCAGGUGCCCCCACGGCCACACAAACUCAAACCCCGGGACAUGAAUGUCUUAACACCUUCAAGCUUCUGACCAGACGCACAGUGAUUAUAUCUCUGUCCCCUCAGUCAUGUGCUUCCCUGCCUUCCUUCGUCCCCUAGGCAGACCACCCACCCCUGUGUACUAUCAGUCCCUUCCCCCUCCUGAUAGUAUUAAGUGACUGCACUGUUACUACUUCAGUGGACUGCAAUCUUGUAAUCCACUCCAUUUCUUCCAAGUAGUAGGUCCAAAUAUGUGGGGAAAAAUGUUCAAUAUCCCUUAAGAGCUAAUUGCCAUAUAUGCCAUAUACUGUAUAUACAAUGACUUAUUAUUUUAGUAAGUGAUGCAGUGUUUCCAUCAUGGGAUGAGAUUGAAGUUGUCAAGCACACCCUCUCAUACAAAGUUCUUAAAGUUCUAUUUUGUUAAGACAUCACAGAUUUGUGGUAGGGCUUGGUGCCUAAGCCUGCAGUAGUGUUUUUCCUUUCUAAAUAUUUGGCUUUGUUUACACGUCAAGUGCAACUGCUUACCUGAACAAACGUAUAAUUAAGAUCACAGUGUAUGUUAAUUGUCUUCACUCUUCCCAUAGUUCUGUGGAUUUUUUUUUUCUCUGUAGAAUCACAAUAUAACUCUUAUGUUGAGCUAUAAAGAUUGCAGUGCUUGUUUUUCAUGUUUUUUUUAAUUGUCAAAACAAUCUGGUCCUUGAAGUUGUUUUUGAAAAUGUUGAUCAGUUACUUUAUGUAAUUGCACAAGGGAGAUUGUAACUCCCACUUGCACGUGUAAAUAAAUCUACAUAAAAACAUA